AUGGUUCAUCACCAUAACCCUAAUCAUCCUCAGGGCGUAGAAGAGCCUCAAUCCUACGACUGGGCCCAAAUAUCAGAUAAAGGCAUCAUGGCUCGAUUAGUCUUACCAUUUUUCUCCACAAAAUAUAAGACAGAUGUGACAAUACACUGCCUCCUGAAGGCGCUUUCAACCUCUGUUUAUACAGAAGACGAACACCAGCUUCACAGCGAGGAAUCCCACUCCUUAAUCCGUCACCAACCACAAAAAGGUGACGGUUGGUCAUCACCAGAGGUCAAGAGACAGUUCAGGCUUGAUAGUUUUUUCUCGUUAUAUCAUGCGCAUUUCCAGAGAGCAGCACCAUUGCUAUUUCAGAAUCUACGUGAAAAUGUGUUCAAACUAUCAGAGGAGCACUACCAAAAACAAUUCACCAAGAAGCUCCGACCAGUUGACGGCCUCGGUUUUAGUGGCUCGCUGUUCUUCUAUACGGAUGACCGAAGCUUUAUAGUAAAGUCAAUUGGCCGAAGAUUCGAAUAUAUGUUCCUAUACGAGACUUUACUUGAACCACUUGGAAAAUAUUACCGUGAAACACCCAGCACUUUGUUAUCCCAGGUGACGGACGUUCUUUACAGUUUCGAACACCGCCUUGGUAGCUACUUUGGUGUAUCUCCUUCACACUAUAUCGUCAUGACAAACGUGCUUGGGGGCCUCGACAAGGAGAAGGGGUGUAAAAAGUGGGACUUGAAACCACAGAGCUUCUUUGAACCGACACGAGACCUAGUCCCGGAUGAAUUGAAGACAGAAGCCGCAAAGAGCGGGCUAGCGGAUGAGUUGGAUGAGAAAAUAGUAUUGAGCCGGAGACAAAAGGACCAAUUGAUGUAUCUCGUGGAACACGAUACCGAAUUUCUCUCUAAAAUGGAAACGAUCGACUAUAGUCUACUCCUAGGGCGGUACCCAAUCGAGAUGUUCCACGACAAACCUGACCCGCACAAACACCCCGACCCAUUGGUGAUUCCCGGAAAAGACGAUUUUGUUCGUGGGGUGAGGAGUCCGGAUGGAAAGUGGGUGUAUAAAAUGUGUAUACUUGAUUUCUUCUGGAAUGUGCAGCAAUUGCAUCCGAAGAUUAUCAAGGCUGCUGGUACGGCAUUACCGGAACAGACGGUGACAACUGAGCCCGCUAGGUAUCGCAAAGAGUUUUUGAAGAUGUUGGAUGAGUAUAUCGAGGUCUAUGAAGAACAGGAUUCUGAGUUGUCAAGCUCGGAUUCGGAGUAG